CCACUUUGCCUGUCCUGUCAUUAUUGCUAAUGGUGCAUGAAUGUGCUGGCGUAUGUUCGCUACCCCAAGCAUCAAAGGUCUGUGCUACUCAAAUCGUUCAAAUAAAAGUGAUACGCCUUACAUCGUCACGAUGGAAAAUGACACACGGACCGCAUGCCGCAGAGAUGCCACCUUGAUCAACCCUCCAUUCUUUCUCUGUACAAGCUUAUCAAAAAGAUACCUCCUCCCAUGGUCUAGAGCUCUAUUCUUGCGCAGACACAGGAAGCUUCGUCUGCCAAACAGCUCUACCACUGAAACCGAGCCAUGGAGAUUUGAAAAAUGCAUAUGUCGUAAAAUGUACAGCCGGUGUUUGAAAUUCUUUUGCUUGCCUGCAAAGAAAGAGAAAGAGCGGCCUGGCAAAAAAAAGAAAAGGAAAAAAAAGUUGCUUUUUCUCUCUUUGCUUCCUCUCUUCGCACCAGUCGUGUUGCGCGUUUUCAUUGACGUUUUAUUUUCUUUCUCUCUUGUCUAACUCUCUAUAUCUACGGCAACCUUUAAUUCUCUUAGGGAAACUUAAAGACAAAGCUCUUUUUUA